AUGCAAAAUCUUACAUAUUUUAAUAAACCCCCCGAAAGUUGGACCAUUCACGGAUACUACCAAUUUCGAAAAUUACAAAGUGAUUUUAGUAGCAUUUUCCGUAAAGAGAACUCCUGGCUGAAUGACAAUCUAAGAACCAUUGAAAAAAACUUAGAAAAUAAAUUUAGUUAUCAACAAAUAAAACAAGCCAAGAAACUUCUUCGUGCUUUGAAGGUAAGCGCAUUAGCCUCGCAACUAGGCAGGACACCCUUUGGCUGUUCUGUUGAUGACCCUUUGGCUCGUUGUGAUGGAACCACGACUAGGUGGGCACCUUCUAGCUGCCUUACUGACGACCCUUUGGCUCGUCGUGGACGAGUCCAAAUGUCCGAUCCAAACGUUUCUACUUUUUGGAAAGAAAUUAAUCACGUAAGAGAACUGAAUAAUGUGCGAGCCGAAGGGAUGUUAAAAGCCGCAAGAGCGACAACUGAUGGAGUUUUAAACAGUACACAAUUAGAUUCUUCAUCCGAAUACAUUCCGACUGAUGAAUCUGACGAAUCUGAUGCUAUUUUAACAGAGCGUAAAAAAUCUAAAAAAGGAAAGUCAAACGAGUCAUUAUCCUCCUCUUUAUGUCAAUUGUGUACCCAGUCCAUUACAACAGAUAAUAAGAAUAAUAAUAUGAACGAGAGUAUCUAUACAGAGAUUCGAGAGUCCGGAAGUAAUAUUUACGUAAAUCAGCAGCAAAGUUCACAACACGAAGUAGAUCCUUUGAGUGUGAGUGAUAAUAGUGAAAUGAAUUCUUCGAGUGUGAGUGCUAAUAGUGAAAUGAAUCCAUUGAGUGUGAGUACUAAUAAUGAAAUGAAUCCUCCUGAGACUUGUAAAGAGGAUGGAGAAAAUGAUAUGGAGUUAGAUCUUCAAGAGCCAUCUGUUGUCCACAUCGUCGAGAAUAAUUUAGAGGGUUUAGACUGGAAUGUGGUAAUGCAGAAGGUAGAAACGUAUCGUAAUCAUUUGAAAAAGACAAGAUAUGCAUUUGACCCAACGUUAAAUUUAUUAUCCGAUGUUUUCUCUCAAAUGUCAAGUGCGCUUCCGAAGACGCGUUUUUGUAUUCCACAACUAACUAAAGAGGAAGCGAAAUUCAUUGACAAACUCUUGAAUGCAGAAGAUAUUGAUGACAUACCAACAGUAACAGAAGAGGAAAAGGCUCUCAGAAAGCUUUUCAGUCGCAUCCUUGAUUCCAUAACAAUGUUUAGAAAGAAUGAUUUACCCGAAGUUGAACACACGUUUCGCAAUAUCGUCCCUCUACUAGACGCAACAAUAGGAAAAGACAGCCAUUUUUGGUUAAAAUA